AUGGCUAAGAUACAAGAUUCCAAGCGAGCGUCGAGUGCGAUGGGGCAUGGAAGCGGACCAUGGUCUCCCGCUUCAUAUGGCAAUGGCCGUUUUCCGAUCAGAGAGUCGCGGAGUUUCGAGGUGAUGCGCGACCCACGCGGCCAGGACGACUCCUUGCGCACACAUUCCAGGGGCUCCAAGUCGCCACCUAACGUUCUGGAGACUUUACCGGAGGACGAGUCACCAAGGCUUCACCGGUCCGCCUCGACCACGAGCAGCUUGCGCGAUCAAGUGCAUGAUCUCAAACAUCGGAUAUCGAACCUCAGGUUGAAAACGCACGAGGACAGCAUGCGGCGACGGAGUCAACAGAGCUUACGUGCACCCAGCCCUUUCACCUCAGCUGAGACCUGGUAUACGGGCACAGAUUCGUACAAGACUCCAGGUUCACCCAUCAAUGCGGACGCUGGUAUGGGGUUCAAGUUGGAGUCUCCUACUAGAAAAGCAUUAUAUGAGGAUGAAGCCAGCGAUUUGACCGCAAAACAUCCGGUCGAUACACCCCGACAAGAUCACGCCUAUGCGGUGAAAGACAUCGUUGAUUACGAGCAGUCGCCGCCCGAUAUCGACGAUGAGGCAUCAUUUCAGUAUGACGACUGGGAGCAACAAAAGGCCUCGAAAGAUAACCCCCAUAACGUAGGUCUCGGCCUGGAUCUGGAUGAGACCGAUGAGGACGAUUUCAUCUCAGUGAACGGUGAUGAAAUCGACACGGGCUCUAGCGUUUACGAAGAUGCUGUGUACGAGAUGCCCGCGACAGAACGGCACGAAGAUCGCAUAGAUGCCUUCGACUACGAGAACUUCUUCUUGCACAGCGCCAUGGGAACGUACAGUGCCGCCCGCCCCAGAUCUUCCAGCAGCUCGAGCUCGACCGAUUCGGUGGCUACGACGAGACCAGUAAAUGAUCGUAGUUCAGUGGCUACGAUUCUUCACACCAGGAACGUGUCUACGGGUUCUGCGAAGAGGGUAUCCAUGCAUGUGCGCAAUUCAAGUCAAGCUUCAGUUUCAACAGUAGCCUCGUUUGCGACAGCUGCAGAGGAUUUGUCUGAUGACGAAGAGGAGAAUCCGCAGAUGGACCAAUUCAGCAAGCAAAUGUUUCCAAGUCAGCAGCCUGUGUUGCAGAACAUCACUGCGUCGCCGCGCUCUGAUUCUGCACACAAUGUACGCAAAAUCGCCAGCUCGAGUUCCCCAGCAACAAGCUCAACCUCAACGCUGUCCCGGGUUUCCUCCCCUAGCUCAGGCGAUCUCGUUACCGGCCUCCAGACCUCGAAGAUCUUCUCCCUCCUGUCGCAAACGCCACGGGACGAGCCGCAGUUGGCCCUAAAUGAAGAGGAAAAACAACUCAUCUACAGCGUGGCUGCUACCUUACAGCAAGUUUGCAGUAAUCUGCGGAGUACAACUGGUGAUCAGUACGAACGGAAGGAAUGGCGGAGGAGGCUCGACGAAGCGAGGAGAGUGCUCAACGGCGAGGAGAUGGAGGGUCAGCCUUUUUGA